CCGGGUGUGCGCAGCCUGGGCUCGUACAGGCAGCUACACUGGGCGAUUCGCCGAGUGAAUUGUUCACGGAGCAUUGGUCUCUGCGAGUGAGUCCUUUGAAUUUGCGGAGCAUUGUGCCCCGCUGAGAAUUCCGAAACGUGCAGAGCAUUGGCCUCUGCAAACAACAUCCUGCACGUGCAGAGCAUUGGCCUCUGCUAGGAGUCCUCAGUUCGCGGAGCAUUGGUCUCUGCAGAGGAUUCCUCAACGUGCAGAGCAUUGGCCUCUGGAAAAGAUCGUGAAUUUCCUUUGAAGUUUUGCUGAGGCCUUGUCGUUCCUCUGUGACAUCCUCCCUUCAGAAUGGCUUCUGGAUUCCCAAAAAAGACACCAACACCUCGUCUUUUGCUGAGGGAAAGACUGCAGCCUAACACUCUGCUUCCCUCUAAGUUCCAGCAGGAGAAGUUUGCCAAGAUGAAGAAGAAGGAGGCCAGCACUGGGGGGAGUAUUCUGCCCAGAAUUGGCCCGUGGAUAGACCUGAGCAAGACUGGUCCAAAGCUGCCGUCAGCUCCCCCAAAGCAGAACUUGGUGCAGAUUUCCCCACCAGAGGUGAUAUUUCAGAACUUCAACACUCAUGAUGUCUCUGAAAUGACAGUGUCUCUCAUGAAUGUGGACAAGUUUCCUCAUGUGGUGAAGGUCUCCAUGGAGAGAUCACCUUACUUCCAGGUCAUGGGCUCCAACGAUGCCUACCGUCUCCUGGUGCCGGCCGUGUCUGUCCCUGUGCGCAUCCGCUUCAGCCCCGGCGAGAACAAGGAUUAUUCCCACAAGCUGGUCUGUGUCACUGAAAGGGAAAGGAUAGUGGUGCCAAUUCGGGCCAUUGCUGCCCGAGCUAUCCUGGACUUCCCUGACCAGCUGGACUUCUCCACAUGUCCAGUGAAGUGCAGCACGCAGAAGACUCUGCUGCUCCGCAACACCGGGAACCUGGAAGCUCGUUUCCAGCUGAGCACCCAGAGGCAGAGUCUUUUUGGGCAGUCACAGAGAGAGCUGCAGCAACAAAAAUUAAUGGAGGAGAAAGAAACAGGGAAGGAGAAGGGCUCUUGUGAAGAUCGUGCUGCCAGCCUGAGAGCCUCGGGGGAGAUGGCAAAGGUGCACCAAGACCCCAUGUUCUCUGAUGACGUUUCUGUCAUUGAGCCAAUGGAGGGAGAAAUCGAGCCGGAUGGUUUGGCCAAAAUCAAGAUGACUUUCAAACCCCUGGAAGCAGUGGAGUAUCAAAGUGUGGCUUAUUGCAGCAUCUCAGGCCGUGAGAGCAGGCUGCCCCUGCAGCUCAGAGGGGAAGGCCAAGGACCCUUGGUUGAGCUCAGCUGUGACACUCUGGAGCUUGGGGACAUUUUUGUCAACACCCCCCAUGUCUGUGAGGUGAAACUGAUCAACCAAGGAGCUCUUGAUGCUCCCUUCAGAUACAUCCCUGCAGCCACAAAGGUGGGCUUGGGAUUCAAGUUGGCACCCCAGGAGGGCAUCAUUGCAGCAGGUGGGAGCCAGACUCUCCAGAUCUCCUUCAGUGCCACCGUGUUGGGGAGGUUUGAGGAAGAAUUGCGGUUCAGUGUGGCUGGAUCUCCUACGCCUGCUAUCCUGACCAUCAGGGGCAGCGUCACUGGACCGAGUUUGCACUUCGACCUCCCUGAGCUCGACUUCGGGGACAUCUCCUUUGGUGAGUGCUGCCUGGGCUGGGACACAGCGGGAGGGAUCUGUGCCUUCCGAGAGAAAAGCAUCCCUCCCUCCUGCUCUGCCCCAGCAGCCUCUUCAGGGUGGGAACUGCAGGCUGCUGGUGCCGCAGGGAGCAUUUGGCCAUUGUCAGAUCAAACAGAAGCAAGGCAGAGAAAGUCAGGAUUUUCUGGUGUCUCUGUCCUGCUUGAAAAGACAGAUGUCUGCCAAGGAAGGCGGGGAUCUUCCUGGAAUGGAAAGAUGAGCCCCUGCCUCCAAAUGAUGAUACCUUUGAAAUUACAGGGCUCAAACGAUGGGGAAAGGAAUAACAGUUCUUUCCUAGACUAUAUCAGGAGAGCCCAGAGAACAAGAGCAGACGUUUGCCAGCCACCAAGUGCCAUUUUUGUCCUUUGGUGCAGCUUUCCCUACACCCAGCGCUGCCGGCUCACUAACAGCUCCCCGGUGCCCGUGACGUUCCAGCUCCGCAUGUCGUUCGAUGGCACGCAGCCGGCUGUGGACAGCGUCGAUCAGAUCCGCUGCCACAGUGACCCAGCCUGGAGGAAGGGCGUUCACUUGUAUGUGGAGCCCCGGGAGUUUACAAUCACUCCCAGCCGAGGGACCAUCCUGCCCCAGGGACACCAGGACAUCCAGGUGACCCUGUGUUCCAACUCAGUUAUGGAGUUCUACAGGAAAAUGCUGGUGGAUCUGGAGGGUUUUGGCAAGGGAGUGGCAUCAUUGGUCAUCACAGCCAGAUGUCUCGUUCCAAAGCUGCAAGUGUCCCCCCACGUGCUGCAAUAUGAUGAGUGCCUCCUGAAGGUGCCAUAUGAGAAGAAGUUCCUGAUUAGGAAUCCCAGCCACCUGCCUGGCUGCUACGGGCUCAUUGAACAGAAACGCAAGGAGGACUCUGCUGUGCUCUACUCCAGCCCCAAGCCCUGUGGGAUUGUCCAGCCUCACAGCACUGCAGAGAUCCCAGUGCUGGUGGAAGUGCAGGCGCUGGGCGCGCAUCGCACCAAUGUUCUCAUCGGCGUGUUCGGGGAUGAGAGAAACCCACUGAGAAAACAGUUAUGGAGCUCUGGACGGCAGGCAGAAUCCUCUCCAAGCCCAAGGCUGGUGGAGUCUGGCAGGAUCCCAGCACUACAGCCUAUAGAUGAGCUUCACCCACCUAAAUUCAAUCCCCAACCACCAAAGGAGAUGAGAACAUGUUUGGAUUGCCCAGCGUCUCGAUGGAGGCACUUCAAGGCUGGAAAGCAGGAGGCAGCCACAGCCCUGACUGAAGAGCAGGAUUUGACCCAGUCUUCAGGAGCAGAGGCUUCCAGUAUCCUGCCAGUGUCAGGUGUGCUGCAGCCAGGAGAGAGCCAGCAGGUCUCCUUGCCCUUCUCUGGCCACCUCAACAGCAUCUCCAGUGCCACGGCGCUGUGCCACGUGGAGGGAGGCCCCAGCUCCGAGGUGCUGGUGCCCGGGGAGGCCUCACGUGUCAGCUGCUCCCCGAGCCCCCAGGAGAUCAACUGUGGCUCUGAGGCACCUCUCAGGGAGAGGUGA